AUGAAUUCCCCGGGAGUGCAGCCUGCCGAUGCGGUUUCCGAUGCGGCCUCUGUUGUGGUAGCAUCGACCUCCGCCUCCAACCGGCCCCGUCCAAAACAGCGCCGCCUAAGAGCAAUCCGAUGUGAUAACAUCCCCGGCUCUUGUCGUAACUGCGAGGUGUAUGGAGAGAAAUGCGUAAUAACGCGGAACGGCGCGUUCUUCCGCCGGGUUCAGCAAGGCCGGCCCAGUCAGCGGUCGCAAAAUCAAGAGUCUCAGGUGUCCGCCGUCGACACAGCUGCAGAGGACGCUGGAGCCACGGGCAUGCUUGGGACCCUCCCUCUGGACCAAACCGCCGGUCGAAAUAUGGCCGAUUCCGAGCUCAAUUUGCAGGGAGUCGUCACUACCGAAGUAGGGCAUUCGCCCAUCGACGCGAAAUUUGUCGGUCUCAGCUCCCCGCAAGUCCUGGCCAGGCUCGCUCAGCAGGUCUUCAGCCAUUUCAGCCAGAUGAACGUGAUGGACUUCUUUUGUCCAAUGAUGACAUUUGCUGAAGAGUUCCCCCUGCCUAUGCCGAUUCAACGUCCUCUUGUAGCGCAAGAGGUGGCCGACAAGUGUGUUCAGCGUAUGACACCUUCGAAGCUCUCUUUUGAAGGUGGCCGACUAUCUACAAUCCACGACGACAAUUGUGAUGCGGAACUACCCCAGACCCAGAGCGGUGGCCGAUUCGUCUUCCUCUCAUCGUUUAUUAGUUUGACGAAGAUCCUGUCGAGUAUCUCUCGAAGCCUAUUCCACAGAGACGUGUCCCGGGUAAACAACGACGAGCUAGUGAGGAGGAUGGCUGCGGCCGACAACGACCUGCUCUCAUGGCGGGACUCGCUACCGGAAGAGCUGCAACCGGAUCGGGAGUUGUACGCGCUCGGAGACGACGUCUCGGAGACAGCUUCCGCGAUGCUCCACUGCACAUAUUACAAUGCCAUCAUCAUCAUCCAUCGAGCUUCGCUGGUAUCCACGGCUGAAAGAGUGCACCUGAUGAAGACGCAUGAAAACCGGAGAAUCGCGGCCUCGGAUGUUGUCUGUAUCAGUGCGGCUAGGUCAUUGAUCCGCUCGGUGAAUCACGCUGUCAUGGAAUGUCAUAAUUUCCGAAUGCUCGGAUUAAUACAUCCUUACGCGAUUAAUGCCGUAAUGGCCCUAUAUAUUGGCAUCAUGCAAUCGCCACUACGGUGGUCGGUCCCCACCGACCUAGCAUUGAUGCGUAGCAUACAGCCGUGCUUUGAACAGAGCCGUGACCCAGCCGCCGGCAGCCGAUUCAGAUCUCUUAUGGCUUGGUUGACAGAAGCUAUGGAGAGGUCAGAAGCUGCAGCCCAGCGACGCAACCAUCCCGAGAGAUUAACACCAAUGCUCCAAGGACAAGACCAACUCACGCCGCCUCAGAGGCCCACCCCUAGCACACAGUCUAUGGGAACUUGGCCACUGAUAGACCAGUCGACGAAAAUGGCCGCCCCCGACAACUUUUCCUCUGCGAGCGCUGCAGCCACUCCAAGCGUGGCUCUCGACUUGGUCGGCGGUAGUAGUUCACAUCAAGAUAGUGGCGAUAACUGGGUCGUGACGCCGGCUCCGUCGCAUCCCUCCUCUACACCAUCGUUCUUGGCCGACGCGGGGAACAUGGGCUUACCGGUGGAUGUUAGUGGUCUGCAGUUGGGGGACUUUUUUGGGGACCAUUCGACUGCGUGGAAUACACAGCUGUGGCCGCUGAUGGGAGAUGGGGGCGCCAGCAGGGAUUGUGGUGAUCCUACAAUAACGUAG